GGGAACUGAGGUGGACGGACGGCUUCUCUCUGAACUCUAAAAAGGUAUGAGGGUGUAAAAUGCUUAUACUGCAUAAGUAAACAAACUGUUGAUAUUCCAGAUACAUGUAAUAGAAUCUGACUCUUGCGGAUUCAUUGUGGUGGUGUUUUCCUUUUCAGAGACUGGCAUGAUCCUCAAACUGUGAAUUUGAAAGUGAAAGCAAAGUAUGCAAACUGUAUAAACAACUAUAGCAAAAUAGAGACUACUAUGGCAUCUAAACCUUUCUCAGAAGAGGAUUUCACCUGUCCUGUGUGCUGUGACAUCUUCAAAGACCCUGUGCUGCUGUCAUGUAGUCACAGCUUUUGCAAAGCCUGUCUGCAGCAGUUCUGGGAGAGCAAAGGAUCCAGAGAAUGUCCAGUAUGCAGGCGAAGGUCGUCAAGGGAACGUCCUCCAUGUAACCUCCACUUAAAGAACAUGUGUGAGACUUUCUUACAGGACAAACAUCGGAGAGCUUCAGCAGGGUCUGAGGUGCUCUGCAGUCUGCACAGUGAGAAACUCAAGCUCUUCUGUCUGGAUGAUAAACAGCCUGUGUGUCUGGUGUGUAGAGACUCCAAAACACACAAACACCACAACUUCAGUCCCGUCAGUGAGGCUGCACCAGAUAUGAAGGAGGAGCUCAAGAUCAAACUGGAGCCCCUAACAAAGAAACUGAAGACCUUUGAAGAAGUUAAACUCCUCUGUGAUCAAACAGCAGCACACAUUAAGACUCAGACCCAGCACACAGAGAAGCAGAUGAAGAUGGAGUUUGAGAAGCUUCAUCAGUUUCUACGAGAUGAAGAGGCAGCCAGGAUAGCUGCACUGAGGGAGGAAGAGAAGCAGAAGACUCGGAUGAUGAAGGGGAAGAUUGAGAAGAUGAGCAGAGAGAUCUCAUCUCUUUCAGGCACAAUCAGAGCCAUAGAAGAGCAGAUGGGAGCUGAUGAUGUGACUUUUCUGCAGUCAUCCUUUAUUUUUCUCCAGAACUACAAGAGCACAGUGGAAAGAGCCCAGUGCACACUGCAGGAUCCAGAAAGGGUUUCAGGAGCUCUGAUCAAUGUGGCAAAGCACCUGGGCAACCUGAAGUUCAGAGUCUGGGAGAAGAUGCAGGAGACUCUUCAGUACACUCCUGUGACUCUGGAUCCCAACACUGCACACCCAUGUCACAUCCUGUCUGAGGAUCUGACCAGUGUGAGACGUGGUGAUGAGAAACAGCAGCUUCCUGAUAUCCCAGAGAGAUUUGAUAAGUGGGCCAGUGUGCUGGGCUCUGAGGGCUUUAACUCAGGGACUCACUGCUGGGAUGUGGAGGUUGGAGAGAACAUACGGUGGCAAGUGGGUGUGAUGACAGAGUCUCUCCAGAGGAAGGGAGACUACACCUCCAUGAGUGGAUGGUGGUGUGUGUUCUAUACUGGUGCUGCAUAUGGAGCAUGUGCUCCUCCUCAUGACUCCACUGUCCUCACAGUGCAGCAGAAACUCCAGAGGAUCAGAGUGCAGCUGGACUGGGACAGAGGAGAGCUGACAUUCUCUGACCCUGAUAAUAACACACACCUACACACUCUCACACACACUUUCACAGAGAGAGUGUUUCCAUACUUUAACUCUGGUAAAUUUCCAAUGACAAUCUUACCAGUGAAGGUCUCAGUUAGAGUAGAGCAGCCCAGUUAGAGCUGAUAGUGUCUCUGUGUGGACCAGAACUGAUCAGCAUGAGGAGAUGAAUCAGUUAGAGGAGACUCAGAGAGAAAACACCACUGUGGACGGAGAGAAAUCACCAGCAUCACACACACCCUCUUCUCCCAUGGGAUCAUUUGACAUUCAUUGUACACGCUCCACCUUUUUAAAUGUUGUGUAAGGGAUAAAGGUUUAUGACAUGUAAUGACGUAUGCAUCCAUCAGAGUCUGCUUCAGAGGAAUGGAACAGCUUUGUGUUCUGUCAGCACCUGAUCAGGUGUGAGCAAUCAGGUGAUGACUGGUCUGAUGGUCUCGUAGCACCCAAAGGCUGUUGCACUGCCACUGCAAGGCCAGCAGGGGGCAGAGUGCCACAGCAUAGCAGGCAUGAUGAGGGGGUGGGAUGAGAGGCAAAGACACAAUGGGGCAACAUGUACUGUACAGUGUGUUGAUGAUGACCCUGCUCAUAGGCUUCAAUGUGAAUACAUGAAUAAUAAA